GAACUAAAUUCUUCCAAACAGAAUAGCCUGGAAAUUGAAGCUGGUGAUGCAAAGAGAAAUGAAACUCAGUUAAUGGAAUUCGGUAUUGAAUUAGAACCAGAAACCUUUCAAACCAACCCCAACUGUGAAGCUUGCCCUCCCAUGGGCGUAUUCCUUUUUAAAGUCAAAUGAAUUUGGUUUAUUUAUGUUGGUUCAUUUUCAUUUCAGUUGGCAGAUCCAUUUCACUGUAAUUAUAUAUUAUUAUUCUUAAUUAGACUGACUUCUCAAGCUCUCAUCCACUAAUCUCAGCAAGUUUACCUUCAAAGAUCCGUCAGAAAUAGGAUAGGAACCAAGGGUCCAUUUCCUUCCAAUACCCUUCAAAGUCAUCAAUCUUUAGGUUCAGUGGUUAACAUCACACUUAAGUAUUAGAAUGAGUCAAAUGAACAUUCUUUGCAUAUAACCAAUCAAGUGGUGCAGAAUGUCUCCGUCUGAUGGAAAAUUCACAUCUUAUUGCCAAUUUUCUGCUUCCCCUUUUGUGUUUUUUUUGUCAAUUCUAACCACAGUGACUUAACUUGUCUUUCCCUCAUCCUCUGAUGUUCAGUAAGUUACUCAAGCAGUGCUCCUGAGGGAUUCUUGGGAGGUCCUUGGACUCCCAAGACCAGGUGGAACCAUAUCCAUGAAUGUGAUGUAGAAUCCACACCAUGAAUGGUGAGGAUCUAACUGGGGUUGGAAGCCCUGGAUCUCUCAACAACCACUCAAGGUUUUGAAUACUACUAAUAAUGGCAUCUAAUGGAAUGCAACUUUCCCGUUUUCCACUAUAUAUAAAAUGUUACUUCAUUUCAUAUAAUUGAAGUCUUGAAACAAGGGUUUCUUCGCAUCAAGGUCUAUUCUACAUCAUGCAAACCAACCAUGUCGUAUUGCUUCUAUGCUCUAUUUUUUGCUUUGUCAAAUCUGAUCCAGAUCCGAUUUACGAUUACUGUGUCGCAGACACUAAGAACCCUCGCAACCUCUUCCUGAAUGAGGUGCCUUGCAUCAACCCUGACCAUGCAUCAUCCUCCCAUUUUGCUACAUCUGCAUUGUCUGAACCUGGAGAUGGUGUCGAUAAACAAAGGUUCAGUGUCACAUUCACUGAUGUCAAUAACCUUCCAGGGCUCAACACUUUUGGGUUAGUCCUGGCAAGAACAGACAUUGCAGCUAAUGGCUUGGUUCCUCCCCAUUCCCACCCUAGGGCCUCAGAACUGGUGAUUGUGCUGGAGGGGUUACUUUUGGUGGGAUUUGUGGACUCCUCAAAUCGAAUUUAUAGACAACAACUGAGUCCAGGUGAUUGUUUUGUAAUUCCUAAAUCUCUUGUUCAUUUCCUUUACAAUGUGAACUCGGACAAGCCUGCUGUCGCUCUGUCGGGACUCAACAGCCAAAAUCCUGGCGGACAAAGGCCUUCGCUUGCUCGGUUCAGGUCGUAUUCUGAUCCUACGUUUCCUGUUGGAAAUUUAGGAGAGUGGGAUUAUGAUCAAUGGUCAGGGCUUACUUAAGGAUAAAUAUUAGUAUUUCCUAAUCCAU